CAGCCCGGUCCCACUCAGUCGAGUCGCGAACGCGUCCAGACAUCGACAGCAUGUCUCUGCUGAACACGCUGCUCUACUUGGUGCUGCCAGCCGCAGCGCUGAUUUAUCUUUUCGUGCGGCGCAAAUUAUCGUACUGGGCGGAUCGAAAUGUUCCGCACGCACCGGGAAGCUUCCCGAUGGGAUCGUUGCAGGGCAUGGGCACCAAGUAUCACAUGAGUCACAUCUUGGAGAGAAUAUAUCAGCAGUUCAAGAACGAAAGUCCGGCAGUGGGAUUCUACUUGACUAUGAAGCCAACGCUGAUGGUGACCGAUCUGGAGCUGGUGAAGCAAGUUUUAGUGAAGGAUUUCAACAGUUUUAGGGAUCGUGGGGUUUAUUACAAUGAGAAAGAUGAUCCGGUGUCGGCGCAUCUAUUUGCGAUCGACGGUGAAAAGUGGCGCUUUUUGAGGAACAAGUUGAGUCCGACGUUCACCUCGGGGAAGAUCAAGUACAUGUUCAAUACGAUGCAGGAGAUUGGUGACGAGUUUGUGGAGUGCUUUGGUAGGUACGAAGAACGGGAAGAAGCCGUUGAUGUGAAAACAUUGUGCGGAUGGUUCACCUGUGACGUAAUUGGAUCUUGCGCAUUUGGCCUCAACUGCAACUCUCUGAAGAAUGAAGAAUCGGAAUUGAUUACCAUCGCCAAUAGGUUGUUCAAGCCAUCUCCGAUCGAUGCCAUGUGGCAGUUUUUCUUCAUGAGUUUCCGAGACCUUUCUGCAAAAUUAAGAUUGCUGAUACUACCACGAGAUAUCGCGAAAUACUUCAUGACGCUGAUUCCCGAGACUGUUACGUACCGUGAGCAAAACAACGUGACCCGUCCGGAUUUUCUGCAGCUGCUGAUCGAGCUGAAGAACAAGGGAACCGUAGACGGUGCCGAGCAGGAGUCUUCGGGCGAAACCUUGACCAUGAACCAGGUUGUGGCGCAGUCGUUUGUGUUUAUGCUUGGUGGAUUUGAAACUACCUCAACCGCACUAACGUUCGCCCUGUUUGAACUGGCCAACAAUCCGGAGAUUCAGGAAAAGGUUCGGGUUGAAGUCAGCUCUGUUUUGACGCGGCAUGACGGGAAAAUCACUUAUGAUGCACUCAAGGAAAUGACCUACCUGGAACAGGUCGUCAACGAAACUCUUCGUAUGUACCCACCAGUUCCUUUCGUAGCUCGCAACUCAAACCACUCGUACCAUAUAACCAAUCCUGAUGUCACCCUCGACGCAGACACCAUGGUACUGGUCCCCGUGUACGCAAUUCACUACGAUCCGGACAUUUACCAGAAUCCAACCCGCUUCGAUCCGGAUCGUUUUACGCCGGAAGCGAUCCAAGCUCGUCACACCCAUGCCUUCCUACCCUUUGGAGACGGUCCCCGGAAUUGCAUCGGGCUGCGGUUCGCCCUGCUGGAGGUCAAGUUCGGAAUCGCUGUACUUUUGAACAAGUUCCGCUUCUCAACCAGCGCAAAGAUGAUCCUCCCACUGGAGUUGGACAUCUCGGCACCAAUGAUGGCGGCCAAAGGAGGGGUGUGGUUGGACGUGAACAAAAUCAACUCCAAAGAGUGAAUCAAACCUUUUUUUGUGUGUGCAGUAAGUGUGCAGUGUAAUACGGGUAAUCUAGCAUUUAUGAUAGAGUCUAAUAAAGCACAUACGCAGUUUCAAACUGAGAGGACACACUCAAACUCUGCCAGCAGCUAUCAGGAGUUCUACCAAUGGCACUACCGGAUGAGCUGGGCGUUACUUACAGGUGUUGCUAUCCUGUUAACUAGUGACUGCAUGCAAGCGAAAUAAAUGAGAAAAAAAGGAAUAAUCAUAUUUUUUCAAGAGAUUAACACAAAAUAUUAUGAGUUCUAAAAGCGAACGAAAAGCAUAUUUUUAGACCAAAAAAAGCGUCACCACAUGAAGAAAGCCUGUAAUAUAUGUAGAAAUAUUAAUUAAUAGAUUUAGCUUUUCAUUAAAAUUGUUGAGGAGAUCUUAGGACAAUCAAACAUCGUGAACAA